AUGGGAGGAAUGCAGGCACAAGGGGCCGGACCCAGUGCAGCUAACCAAGACGAUAAGCUGGACAAGAUUCUCCAGUUUAUGGCAAACAGUGAGCAAAGGGGCAUGAACACUGAUGCUUCUAUCAAACGCUUGGAAACACAGUUGGGCCAGCUGGCUACAAGAGUUGGGAACAUGGAGGCAGACUCAGACAAAGGGAAGCUACCUAGCCAGCCCAAGGAAGCCAAGGCAAUCACGGUUUUGAGAAGCGGGAAAGAGGUAGACAACCAUGUGAAAAUGUCCGAGCCUGACAUUCUUACACCUACCUACCAGCCCAAAGGAGUAGAGGAGAACCCGAAGAAGGAUACAGAAGUUGAGCCCGGGAAGCACACAGAUGGCCCGAUGUUACACAAGUCACCAAACCCUUUCAAACCAAGCAUACCCUUCCCAAGCCGACUCCGGGACGAGAAGCAGGAGCAGCAAUUUUGGGACCUAUACAACAUGCUCUCGAAGGUCAACGUCAAUCUGCCACUCCUGGACGUGAUCAAGAAUAUGCCCUCGUACGUGAAGUUCUUCAAAGACCUAGUGACAAAGAAGAGGAAAUUUGGAGACGGGGAGAAGGUAGUGGUUUACGAGGCUGCAAGUGCUAUGCAGCAUGACCUUCCGAAGAAAGAACGAGAUCCCGGAGGCUUCGUGAUUCAAAUAGCCCUCGGAAACGGAAAGGAAGCUUCAGGGAUGCUGGAUCUUGGAGCAGGGAUCAACCUCAUGCCGUUCUCUAUCUUUCAGCGGCUCGGCUUAGGAGACUUGAGGCCAACCCGCAUGUGCCUCCAGCUCGCAGACCGUUCGAUCAGAUACCCCAAGGGGGUAGUUGAGGAUGUCCUUGUUCGUGUCGGGAAGCUCAUUGUCCCGGUAGAUUUUGUCGUUUUGGAUGUGGGGGAUGUCCACGAAAACGGGAAGGAUCAUACUAUCCUUCUCGGCAGACCGUUUAUGGCCACCACUAACACCCUCAUUGAUGUCAAGAACGGAANGUCUUGGGCGAGUCCGUUUCCAUUUCAGUCCGAGAAGCCACAUCUGCAUCCUCAGUGA